AAUUGAUGAAGAACUCCACCUUACGAACAUUACCAUACACCCUUUACCAGAAAAUACAACUGCUCAUCUUCAGCCAUGUGAUGCCGGAAUCAUUUAUAGUUUCAAGGCUAAAUAUAGACAACUGCUUUGCGAAAAUCGCAUCCAAGAAUUUGAUAAAGAAAUAGAAACUGGAGUAUCACCUUCAAAACUCUCUAUACUGGAUGCGAUUCAAAUGACGGUCACCGCUUGGGAUAGGAUUACGACAAAUACUAUAAAAAAUUGUUGGAUUAAAACAGUAAUUCUUCCGUUAUCAUAUGACAACGCCGAGACUAGUUUGUCGGAACUAGAGGAAAGUAUUCAACGCGAUAAGUGUCAAAUGCAACAUUCCAUUGAUAACUUGUUAGGAAAUGAUAAUAAUGUUACAGCGAACGAUUUUUUGUCUAUUGAUGACAAAUUAUUGUCGAUUGAAAACUACGAAGAAAGUACUGAGCAGGAAAUCGUUGAUUGCGUUCUUGGAAAAAAUACAGAAGUGGAAACUGAUGAAGAUGCUCCUAGUGAAGUCAUUGACGUAAGCAACAAGGAGGCGAUUGAAUGUCUUGAGAAGUUGCAAAAAUAUAUUAAUCAAGAAAAUAAUAUGUCAGUCUCGUUCGAAUGGAUGCGUCAGUUUAACAGCAUUAAAAAUAGUAUUCUCAAUAAUAUUAUGUCUAAAAAAGUACAAACGCAGUUGGAGCAGUAUUUCGACUUUAACCUUAAUAAUUAG